AGUUCGUGAGCUGCGGCUGUCAGCACCGAACCCACGGUCUUGGUUACUUAAUCUCAUUACAGAUUUCCUCGACAAUAACAGAAUUGCAGGUAAAGCAAUUCAGUGCAUAGAAAAUGUAUGGCAAUUUGAAGACUGCCUGAGUUCCUGGACAGGAUGCUUAAUCAUUUGUAUAGGCGUUGUUUGUGUACUGCUGCUUCUCGGCCAUGGCUUCUUGUUGGGUUGGGCAAUCCUGGUGAAAAGUACAAGGGAACUAGACACAAUGUGGGCUUUGAGAUGAUUGAUGCAUUUGCUGAAUCACAUGGGAUUGCUAUGAACACAGUCCAUUGCAAAGCCAUUUUUGGCCAAGGUAUUGUUGGUGAAGUUCCUGUUUUCCUUGCAAAGCCUCAAACUUACAUGAAUCUUAGUGGUGAAUCUGCAGGACCAAUGGCUGCUUAUUACAAGCUACCUCUUGAUCGUGUGCUUGUGAUCCAUGAUGACAUGAAUUUGCCAUGCGGGGUGCUUCGUCUUCAUGACAAAGGAGGUCAUGGAAGCCACAACGGGCUGAAGAGUGUGAUCUAUCACUUCCGAGGAAAUAUGGAAUUUCCUCGGUUAAGAAUUGGGAUUGGGAGGCCUCCGGGGCAAAUGGAUCCUAAAGCAUUCUUGCUUCAAAAAUUCAAUGUAGCUGCCAGGCAACGAAUUGACGGUGCUUUGGAAGAGGGAGUUGAGGCAUUGAAGCUCCUUUUAUCAAGAGGUCUGACAGAGAGUGCAAGAAGGUUCAAUAGAGAGCAGAAGUACAAGCACAUCAGAGUGCAGACAUUACCAGUAUGAUAGGAUUCCCUGCUGCCAAGGCUGUUUUUCUGACCUAUGUACGGAAUUUAUCAAUGUAUUGAUUUGCAAAACUAAUGCCUGGAGAGCCGGCUGAAUUCUGUUAAAUUAUUCCGAGAUUUAGACUUUUUAGUAUUAUUUUUAGUCAGGUCAUAUCUGUUCAUCUUCACUUGUUUUCGUUUGUACGUUGUCUCAAUGGAAAGAUUAGUUUCACAUUUUGAAUUGGUUCA